GACAUCUCGGCGUUGAUGGAGCUAUCCAGUCAUAGGCAAAUACCACAAUGAAUACAACUGACACGCACGAGUAACUAAUAGAACUGAAACAAACAGUAUGAACGUCUCUCAUUUUGUUUGCUCAAAUACACCGAUCUGUCUCAGUUGGCUGCUUAAACAUGCCAACAUCAACCGCCUUACACUGAUGCCAAGUUAAGAAACCAAUAAAUUAUGCCGACCGAAUGGAGUACCAACGAAUCUUUAUAUAAUUUAAACUACAGUCAAAAUGAGAACAUUACAGUCCCACCGGACCCGAUCGAGGACAAAGCCAUUCAAGCCGCUUUUUGCACAGCUUACACAAUUAUAUUCACAGUUGGCAUCUUCGGUAAUGCCCUGGUUUGCUACGCUGUCAUCCGGAAUAGAGCAAUGCAAACUGUCACUAAUCUUUUCAUCACUAACUUAGCCCUUUCUGAUAUAUUACUAUGCGUGUUCGCAGUACCCUUCACUCCCCUUUAUACGUUUUUAGGCAGGUGGGUUUUUGGCGGUCCCCUCUGCCACAUAAUGCCUUACGCCCAAGGCUGUAGCGUUUAUAUUUCCACUUUAACCCUCACCUCUAUAGCCAUUGACAGGUUCUUCGUAAUAAUUUAUCCUUUCAAACCCCGAAUGAAGAUAACGACAUGCAUUGGACUUAUUAUAUUUAUAUGGGUUUUCGCUCUAUCGGUAACCUUUCCUUAUGGCUAUUACAUGACCCUACAAGACAUUUUUUGCGCAGAAAAAUGGCCAUCGGAUCAGAUCCGGAAAGCUUUCGGAGCGGUAACGACUAUCAUGCAAUUCGUGAUACCUUUUAUAGUAAUGGCUUUCUGCUAUAUGUGUGUUAGUAUUAAAUUGAAUGAUAGAUUGAAAUCGAGGCCCGGAAGUAAGAAUAGUAAAAAAGAAGACGCCGAGAGAGAACGAAAAAGACGAACUAACCGAAUGUUGAUAGCUAUGGUUGCAAUUUUCGGGCUCUCGUGGCUCCCGUUAAAUUUAAUUAAUAUAAGUAGUGAUUUUUACUCGUUUGCCGAAGACUGGAAGUAUUAUAUGGUACUGUUCUUCGUAGCACAUUUCAUAGCCAUGUCCUCGACUUGUUACAAUCCGUUUUUGUAUGCAUGGUUGAACGAGAACUUUCGGAAGGAGUUCAAGCAAAUUCUGCCCUGUCUCGGUGCGUUAGUGACGAAGAAGUCUAAAAGGAAUUUCAAUCAAUCGGAUAGAACAGGAAUGUACAGAUCGGAAAAAACUUGUAACGGAAAUGAAACCGUUCAAGAGUCCUUGUUGACUUCAACCGUAAAUAAAAUUCCUUCUGUUAGAUAUAGGAUAGAGUUAAAUGAUAAAGUCAAAGUGUACGAAGAUGAUGUAGACAAUGUGAGCCCGGAUGAAAAGCCAGAGGACAACCCAAGUCCGAACGAAGACUGUGUUAAGAUGUAUAUGUUGGUAGAUAAAACUGUAGUUUCAUCUGAUAAGGAGCCCAUUGUAUCUGCGCUGUAAAUAUUGAUACUUAGCGUGUUGUCACAGACAUAUAGACAGCUUUAAGCUUAUAGUGUGUAGAUAUUAUGUAGAAAUUGUUACAUAAAUGUAUGUAUAAAUGUUAGUAACAUGUACAUUCAGGCCGACUCCUAUGUAUUGAUAAAAUGUAUAUAAGAAUUGUUAUUGUAUAUAAUUAUUUAUCUAAUGUUCGCAAUUAAGUAUAAUAGUGACUAAUAAAUGUUGAAAAAUAAUUGUAUUAUUUACGGUUUCUAUUAUACGUGUAAUAAAAAUAAUUAACAUUGUAUAGAAAAGCUAUGUGUGUAUUUGGAACUAAGUUUAAUAAUAGAAAACACAGUACAGUGUUACGUUCGAGCAGCAAACAAAUUAUAGAAUUGUACACUCUAACGUUACAAGAGGUUUACCCGUAACUAGUUUGACAAACGUAUGCAAAUAUUUGUUUGAAAAAUGUUAUGGUUCUGAGCACAUUGAAGCGUUAUAUAAUGAGACUCAUUGCUACUGUGCCAGUAUUCUAUAGCUACCAACAGCAAACGCCAUACCAAUUCUGACUUUUAUGUAUGCAACAACCGUAGUUCGCUUUACAUUGAAGUCAGGAUUACAAUCGCUAUAACGAUGUACUAAACAUAGAUAAUGUCGUAGCUAUAAUAUUUACCUUCCUGAGACGGUCUGUAUAAACAAAGCAACCCUUUACUUAUAAAACAUAUUUCAAACACGUUUAUAAGUAAGGGGUUAUAUAAAGUGUUUACAUCAAUAUAGUUUCUAGAAACUUUGAGCCCAUUGGUGUAAAUACUUAUUAAAUUUGUGAACUGUGUAUUAUUAAAGCUGUUACAUAUAAAAUGUCAAUGGAAAGUAAAAUGUGCAAUUCGAUGUUCAAAUAAAAAUUACUUUUUUUGUU